AUAAUCAACCUCCUAAUCACUUUAAUCGUUAAUUUCAUAUUAUCCACCAUCAUCAUUCUAAUUGCUUUCUGACUCCCACAACUCUACCUAUACCUAGAAAAAUCUAGUCCAUACGAAUGCGGAUUUGAUCCACUAGGCUCAGCACGCCUACCAUUUUCACUAAAAUUUUUCUUAGUAGCAAUUACAUUUCUGCUAUUUGACCUAGAAAUUGCCCUACUACUAUCACUACCCUGAGCCCUACAACUUCCCCAUCCUAAUAUAACAUUAGUCCUAUCUUACUGCCUAAUCGUACUAUUAACAGCUGGACUGGCCUAUGAAUGAUCACAAAAAGGCCUAGAAUGAACUGAAU